AUGCUCAGCAGUGUUUUUCUUCUAAACAAGGAUGCAAUGAUCCUCAUCGAAAAGCAAUAUCGUGAGAAAGUACCUCGCUCAGAAAUUGAUGCUGCAUGCCUAGCAAUUCGUGACCGUUCUCAUCCUCCGCCAUCAAUUAUGAGCCAAGGUGAUUAUACUCUUCUUUUACACCAACAAAAUGAUAUCUGGAUGAUUGGUGUUUGCGAAGGAGAUGAUUUUGCUACAUAUGGUGUAGCUCUUCUUCAGCAUCUCGGCUAUUUAAUUAGCACUUUAUUGAAAGAUGGCGCAACAGAGCUUUCCAUCAAGAAUGAAUAUACACAAGUAUACCAAAUUCUCGACCUCGCUAUUGAUUUCGGUUUCCCAUUCUUAGAUGAAUCAAAUGCAAUUUCUACUGUCAUCAAUAGACCACCUGUUGAUCCAAAGAAUCGUGGUGCUAAUCGUAUCCAGUUAGAUUUCGAGAAGCCAUGGCGUGCUGUUAACCCUCAGAACAACGCCAAUCUUCAAAUCUUAGUUGAUUGCUUAGAAACAAUAGAUUUAGUCGUCUCACAAAUGGGAAGAACGGAAUUUUGCCAUAUCCGUGGUGAAGUUAGAUGCAAUGCAAAUCUUGCAGGCAAACCACUUUGUAAAUUAAUUUUACCGAAUAAUAUUCACUUCGAAGACAUCCAAUUCCAUCGCUGCGUUGAAAUAGAGUCUGGAGAGAGUAAGAUUAUUCCAUUUGUUCCUCCAGAAGGACCAUUUACUCUCAUGAAAUAUCGAGUUACAGCAAUACAAUCUACAGUUCCUCUCUGGAUUACACCACACUUUGUCUGGUCAAAGGGCAGUGUAUCUUUCGAUAUUGCAAUGAAGCCAGACGCUGCAUUACCAAAGAAUGUCGAAGAAAUUGAAAUUCGCUUCGCAUUUCCACCAGGUGUUGGUACACCAUCACUUGUUGCAUCAGAUGGAAGAGCUUCUUACGAGUCAGCUACAAGAGAUGUUGUUUGGACAAUCCAAUCUUACGGAAAGAAGGAACCAGCAGUUUUAAGAGGUUCUGCUUCUACAGAAUCAAACUUCGACCUCGGUGGAAGAUAUCCAAUGGUCGGAGCUAGGUUUAUUUACGUUGGACAAACUGCAUCUGGUUUCAAGAUUGAAAAACUCGAUUUAGAAAGAGUUGACUACACACCGUUCAGAGGUGUUAAGUAUAUUAUUCAAGCUGGAAGUUAUGAAUUUUGCUCCGGUCUUAAUUAA